UCUCUUCUCUCUUUUUAAAGGUAACUCAGAAGUGCCAACAGCAGUUAAUAUAACUUGGACAUCAAUCAAUUUUAAAACACUACUAAAGUGGCUGCCAGAGCCGACCAACUAUGCUUACACCGUAGAAAUAUUUGGGAUUCACACUAACAUAAGAAGAAAAUGCAUCCACACAAAAGAAACAGUGUGUGAUGUUACUGAUAUCAUACUAGAGAAUGUAAAAGACACCUAUACUGCACAUAUAGUGUCUGACAUGCUUUCAAAUAUAGAUGACUUUGAUGAGAAACCUUAUGCAGCCUCUCCAAAAUUCACACCUUACGAACAGACUUUAAUUGGGAAACCAACUAUUCAAAGUUCUAUGCAGAAUGGAUCCAAGUUGAUAGUGUUGGUUCAAGAUCCAUUUAUACCCUCAACAUUUCCCAAUGAAAGCUUGAAGAGCAUCAGAGACAUUUUUAAGGAUGAUCUGGAAUAUGUACUCUAUUACUGGAAAGAUAAAAGUUCAGGAAAGAAAAAUGCAAAAACCAAAAGCAAUCAAUUUGAAAUCGAUGUUGACAAAGAAGAGAACUAUUGCUUCUUUGUACAGGCAACUGUUCCUUCACGUACAGAGAACCGCAACAGCCUGGAAAGUAAAGUGGCUUGCACCAGUAUUUCCAGAAAUAUUUUGCAUGAGUACCGAAUCGACCUAUUUGUUAUCAUAGGGGCUGCUGUAUUAGUAAUCAUCAUUAUAAUCAUCGUUGUAUCUGUGGUCAUCUAUAAAUGCAAGAAAGAGAAAGCUGAGACAGUGAAAGAGAAAACACCACUUAAUGAUGUCUGAGGAAAAAGUCUCAUUACUACUGCAAAUACUACAGGAAAGCUCAUGGUACUUGUUGGAGAACACUACAGUCUCUAAAUAUUUUUAUUAUAUUUUUAGCCUUUACUUAAGAGCGAAGGAACAUUUGUUUCUGUGAAACAAAUAUGAUUGUAUUUUUUAAAUAAUGUAAGUGGUGAUAGGGACUGGUAAAAUAUGUUACUUCACAGCAUAAAAACACUAGUUUUUAUUCUACACUUUUUUUUAUACAUAGGUCUGCCUUUUUAGUUUGGAUAUUCUGUCCAUCAGGUAGGUUAUCAAAGCUGAACAAAUAAGUGACUUCCUAGUCUCCCAGUAACUUGGUGAGGUAGUGACAUGAUUUACAUCACAAAUUUUAACAUAAAAAAAAUUUAUGCAGAAAAUCCAAACUGUUACUGGACACGCUCUCAAAGCACUUGCUAUCAAUCAAGAGACAGCAUAACCAGUCUGAACUCUGGCAUGCUUCUGGGAUCUCUAGGUAAUGUCAAACUGAAUAAUUUGCAUUUGCAUUACCUGCUAUUUUGAAUUGGUAGACUGAAUAUGCAGUAGUAGCAUUUGCUGUAUAGCAAAUGCAAUGCUGAUGAUUAAACACUGACAGAUCAAUAUUUUGUUAAUGAUAUCUGUACACAGGACAAGCUGAUGUGAUCUAGAUAUACCUCAGAUUUACAAUAAUUUUAAAUAUUUAUAGUUUUAUAAUUGGGAAUCUAAUUUUAUAUGGGCAAUAUUUGUAUAUAUUGUGGUAACUUUAUUUAUACUUUUUUUUUUACUGAAAUAAACAUGAAUCUGAAAA